AUGAAGCCAGAGGAAACUCUGGUGGAAGUCCGAAGCGGUUCUGACGUGCAAAUCGAUCGUCCGACUCGGGUUUUGAGCGUAGGCUCAACUGGAGCUUCCACUGGUGCAGAUCUUGGUGGUAGUAGCAAAUAUUCAAGUAAGGGAAGUCGGCAAAUUAGAUCCGUAACUUCGGGAAAAGGAUUGGCUCUAAGAACUGAGUCGGACGGGCUGUUACGUGAAGCGCUUCGUCCGUCGCUAAACAGUCGACUUAGAACUGGCACGGACUCGGGGAAUCCGACUGUCUAA